AUGAAGAAGCUGGCCCAGGAAAAGUGGGAGCGGGCGGCCCUGCAGAAGUCACUGGGCCAGCGGCAGUUUUUUGUGCAGAGGGAGACCAACAUGGAGACAGCCAGCGAGUACGAGGGAGAUGAACACGCACAUCUCGCCCUCCAGGAGCGAGGACGCCAUGUCCGGGUUCAAGCCCGUGCUAUCCUCAAAGCUUGCGUCCUGGAGUUGGGCAUGGAGGGGCGUCACCCUGGGAAGAAGACUCUCAGGCUGCAGGAAGCACCCAGACGUCACAGCAAAAAUGGAGAAUGCAAAAAAGAAGUCAGCAAGUUACAAAGGAGGAAUGGGCAAGUAAAAGAUGUACAGAAAGUGGGAUGCCCACCGUUAAAGGGAGGUUCUCGCCUCAGGAUGCCUGCCACCUCGAGCUUAGCCUCACGCUUGGUCCAUGAGAAAGCCACGGCUCCGACUGCAAAGCUGAGGAGUGAAGCUGAUUUCAGGUCUUCAGGCAGCAUGGGCGGUAUUUCAGCGCCUGAAGUCCAUGUGUCUGCUGCUGGAAGCAAAAGAUCUUCUUUUUCUCUCAACCGUGGCCCUUAUGGUCGGAAUGAUGGAUCCUUAUCCUACAAGUUCUUAGCCAGCCCACCUGCUUCCUGUGAAAAGGACCCUUUGUCAAGACUGGGCAAAAGCCAGAUGUGUCCUGCUAACGUCCGCCAGAAUCACGGGGCUUCUUCAGCCAGCAGGAGCAAGUCAGGCUCAUGCAAAGGAAGCGACAGCAGCUCAGUGAUGAGGCAAGUCUUUAUUUCAGCAUGCCAGUGUUCAGCGCACUGACUUACCGUCUCUGCACGGUACAUUUCUUGUGGUGACAAUCACAGCGUGAAGCCAGAAAAUCCAGAGCAGUAUUUAACUCCUCUGCAGCAGAAGGAACUUACAGUACGGCAUUUGAAAACAAAGCUGAAGGAAUCUGAGAGCAGACUUAAAGAAAGGGAAGUGGAAAUAGAAGAACUCAAAGCUCAGCUGGGACGGAUGAAGGAAGACUGGGUUGAGGAAGAGUGUCAUCGUGUGGAGGCAGAGCUGGCCGCCUUGGAAGCAAGAAGGGAAGUUAAACAACUCAAGCAGGUUAUUGAAAGCAUGAAAACCAGCUUGGCUGAGAAAGACAAAAAAAUGCAGCAAUACUUCAUAGCCAUUAGCAUUGAAAACAAGCAACUGGAGUCUUUGCUGCAGAGCAUGGAGAUGGCUCAGAGCAGCUCUGUGAGAGAUGAGCAGUGCCUGGAGCACAGGUGUGACUCAGAGGGGAAGCCGUUGGUGUUGUGUGCCACAAUGCCAGACAGCCUCACCACAGAGGACCAAGCUCUGGAGGAGGUGGCAGAUAGUGGGCUGCUUCUUAAUGAGGGCACAGCUAACGGGACUGAUUCCUGUGAAGACAGUUUGACCACCAUAACCUCUGAGUUGAGUGAUCCAGCUCCCUCCAGUUCUGCUGUGACUCAAGAGAUGCUUGAAAGUGUUCUGGAUGAGAAAGUAACUUCUUUCCAGGAGGAGGAGAAAGUCAGCAAUGUGAUGGUGGAACAGGCCAUCCAGACUGACAUGGUGCCAUCUAGCCUAGAUGUGGAGAAGCUCAUUCAAAACAUCUUCAGAGCUGAAGACGCCUGUCCUCUAAGCCCACUGUCUUCACUGAAGGAACUGGGUGAAUUUUCUCCUGGAAGGUUCAGUGACUCUGGUAUCGUAGUGGACUUAACUCCAAGUCAUCUAAACGCUGCCAUCCUUUUGUCUCCUGUGGAGUCUCCCUGCAGGAAGGUGGAGCACGGAGUUAAUGAAAACCAUUUUGUGAAAGAACGUGAUUUUACAGAACCUCAUGAUGAUGAAGCCUUUGGGUAUGUCAAGACAGGAAAAAAGAAGAGAUAUGUAGCAGCCCCUGUUGUACCAACUAUCCUGUGGGCUUUCCGUACUCGGAGAGGAGGAACAGAUCCCGUUUACAGUAUUGGAGCAUUGUUUUGUGUUUGCGGCCUGGUGGCCCUGCACUCUUUACACCAUAUACCCUUCAAGAUGAGAACCUGAAGUCCACUCCAUCCCUGGGCACCGGCUGGCUGAGGCAGAGAGAAAGAGGGAUGAGAGAGAUCGUAAAAAGUUAUUGUCUAUUCUGGUAGUCCACCAUUUUGCUCCUGACUAUUUGAUUGGCACUAUAAAUUGUUUCGAAAACAUGGUUCUUGUUUCAAAAUG